UUCGCCCUGAUUUUGACGUUCUGUUCCAGCUGCGAACGUCCAGAAGCCACAGACCACAGAGUCACGGACGUUCCAGCACCGAGCCGAAUGGCGGGCGCGGAAACGCGCCCGCUGCGCGUGAAGCUGCGCUCGGGACGAGGACGGGGCGUUCUGCUUUUGGUGCCCCGGUCCUGCGAGCUGGUGGCGGAUUUGCAGCAACAUGUGCAGAUGCGCCUGGAAGAGGAGAAGAUCGUGCUCAAGGUCCAGGGCUACGCAUUGCUCCCCACCCAGCGUGUGCGCGAGGUGCUCCGCGACGGCGACGAGCUUGUCUCGUCCACGGCGCGAGGUCCAAGCUGUACGGAGGCGACCCCCGCCCUCAAGGAUGUGGAACUGGUGGAACCGAUGAUGGGAGGAAUGCACAGAGGGACAGCAGACUGGAAGGAGCCUGAGAGCGGGGACAAAGGCUCCAAACGCGCCAAGAUCGAGAAGCACCACGCGAAGUCUGGUGGUGAGGUGCAUGAUGACACUCGGCUGACUUCCUGGGAGGCGGCUCAUCAGGCGAAAGAGAUCCUCAAGCGUGCGCGGCCAAUGCCGCCGCCGGCAUCGCCGCCGGCAACGCCGCCUGCGCCGGUGCUGCCGCCUUGGCCGCCGGUGAAGGCGAAGGAGAACUUCACGCUGAAGAAGGAUGGAGAGGCGGUGGCCAUCUCUCAUCCAGUCCUGGGCGAUUUGGAGGUCCCGAGCGGCCAGGCGCCGGAGGACUUUGUGAAUCGAAAGCUGAAGACGCUGAGCAAGGCGAUCCGCAAGCAGGUGGAGUACUACUUCAGCGAUGCCAACUGGGCGAAGGAUGAGUACUUGAGGUCCCUGGCUGAUGCAGAAGGCUUCGUGGGGAUCCAAGAGAUUAUGGACUUCAAGCUUUUGUCCCUUGGAAAGCAGGGGACGAAGUCGCAGCCCCAAAAGAACAUAAAAAUAACUAUCCCAGACCAUCCAUGGGACUGGAAUAUGUGACAAUAUUCUACAUUGACCCUCCAACCACCCCAAUGUAGGUACAGUAUACAAUAAUGUAGGCUAUACAUGGAUGGUGUAUAACAAAUUGGAGCUUAGCAGCAAUUUACCUGCAUCUUCCUAAGUUACCUAAGUAUAUCCUAUAAGUAUGCAAAAUAUUACUGCUGCUUCUAGAAAAAGAAACAUUGUAAUUUGGCGAAACGGCCCUUGUUGUUAUAGUGUAUAAGUGUUUGUGUUUCUUGCAUGUCAACCGAACAAAUCUGCAAGCGGCACAUGACCCCUGGGAAACGGCGCAAAAUAGCGCAGCACUCAAACGCACAGGGCAAGAACGUGCUCAAGCGGCAGCUUUCACAAGCAGUUUUGAGUGCUUUGGGCUUUGGGCAUGAAGAGAAUGGAGGCUAAUGGAGGUUCGAACGCGGACACCCUUUUUCCUGGAAACAGCAC